CAGGCCAUCUUUCCGAUGAGGCCGGUGGCACUGUCCUCCUCCGGGCGCACAGCCUGGAAAGACGAGAAGCCCAUCGUGGUGAAGCUGGAGGACUCUGAGGAGGAGGUGGAGGAGGAGGAGGCGGCCUCCCCUUGGGACCCCGGCCCAGAGGCUGCCCGCUGGGGUUUCUGGCACUUCCAUUACGAGGCGACAGCAGGUCCCCGAGAGGCCCUGGCCCGGCUCCGGAAGCUGUGCCGCCGGUGGCUGCGGCCCGAGGUGCACUCCAAGGAGCAGAUGCUGGAGGCGCUGGUGCUGGAGCAGUUCCUGGGCGCACUGCCACCCGAGGUCCAGGCCCGAGUGCGAGGGCAGCAGCCAGGCAGCCCCGAGGAGGCCGUGGCCCUGGUCGAGGGGCUGUGCUGGGAGUCAGGACCCCGGAGAUGGGUCACAGUCCGGGUGCAGGGACAGGAGGUGCUAUCAGAGAAGGUGGAGCCCUCCAACUUCCAGUCCCUCCCGCAAACCAAGCCUCAGACUACACAACCUGGGCCUGAGACAACCCUGGGGACCACACGGAGGUCACCACCGAGACUUCAGGUGAAAAAGGAGCCUGAGGUCACAGAGGACCCAGGUGAGGACAGGAAAGAGCUUCUGGAUCCUGAGGCUCUGGUCAACCCCCAGGCGGCCGCUUCCACGCUCCUGCCUGAGGCCCAGGACUGUGGGACGUCGCUGGACCAGGCCUCUCUCCACAGCAAGCCUGGGCCUGCGGGUACCCCCCCGGAGGGAACCUGGGGCCCUGUGGGAAGAGGCAGCUGGGGGCAACCCCUCACCAGGUAAGACGGGGCACGGUGUGGGUGG